UUUUUGCUCCAGGGGGAGGGGCGUUGGGGGAGCCCGAGCCGUCGCCUUCCCAGUGGCUGCCAGCCAUGCGGUGAAUGGCGGCGCUGGGCGCGACCCCCCUGUAGCUAGGAUAGAGAAAACCCCCAGGCGACGGGGGAAGAACCCUCGAAAGACCCCGCGGCGGGAAUCGCCAGACAUCCGAUAUGCCUUUUGGAAAGGGAAGGGCUUCUUUUUCAGGUUUCGGCCAGAAACAGAGAGGUCUUUGGACAAACCAAGCAACUGAGCAAAAGAAGAAAAAGCUGCGUGAGUUCUUCGGCAGCAUCUGCGCUGCCUUACGGAGGUGCAGCCAUGGCUCCUCACAUCUACAUGAGUGAACAUGAGCAGCGGCAAAUUCUCCAUCAGAGGACGCUGCAUGGUCACAGGUACCGGAUGAGUUUCUACGACGCGUAUUUGGAUGUGCUGGACAAAGCGAGACAGGACGCCAAGUAUUGGAAUGCGACUGUGCACGGCAAGGAGCUGCGCCUCGUGAAGGUGUCCUGCGGCUUCUUCCGCGCGGAGAUCCCCGUCUUCGAGAGGUUCCGGCUCAGGAUGCUGUGGCUCGCUGAGUGGAGUGUUUUCGAGAACUUUGUGGUGAUCCUGAUCGUGUGCAACGCGCUGGUUAUGGCUCACCCAGUGGCAUACAACGAGGCUGAUCAGCCGAGAGGUGUCCAGAACACCUACUUCGUCUUUGAGAUCUUGGUUUCGGCAGUCUUCACCGUGGAGUGCUUGUGCCGCAUCAUUGCGCAGGGCCUCUUUUUUGGUGACGCGCCGAGCCCGUGCUAUCUCAAAGAGCCGUCCAACUGGAUCGACAUGAUUGUCGUGAUCUGCACGCUCUCGGAGCCCUUCGCCGCGGAGGUCAUCUCUGAGCAGGACCUGCGGACCAUGCGGGUGCUCCGCAUCUUCCGGGUGUUCCGCCUGGUCAGAAGCAUCACCUUCCUGCCGCGGCUCAGGAGUAUUGUGCAAGCGCUGUCUUCCAGUUUGUACCGCCUUUGGGUGUCGUGGCUGGCGAUCUUCUUCACGCUCUUGGCCAUCAGCAUGGCUGGGACUGAUUUGUGGGGUGACGUCUACUGGAGGCGGUGCCGAAUGACCGAGCAGCCAUUCCAAGCGAACGGCACCUUGCUUUGGCCAAUCGACCAUUCGCAGCCUCGCUUUUGCGGUGGGCGGUACGAAUGCGUCGCUGCUCCGGAUGGAUCCAUGACCUUCUGCGGGUCCCCAGUCAGCACGGUGACGGGGCCCAUCCCGGGGUACGACGCGUGGGCGGAGAUCGAGCAGAACCCCUUUGCGGACUUUGGCUUGACAGGGUAUCAGACCCUCUGGAGUGGCUUGCUCACAACGUACCAGGUGGUGAACAUUGAUGGCUGGAUCAGCGUGAUGCACCGCUUUGCGGAUGCCAAAUGGCCGGGGCUCGCCAUCGGCUGGUUCGCUCUGCUGAUGCUCUUUGGAGGCCUGGUGCUCAUGAAUCUGGUGCUGGCAAUCCUUUGGCACAGCUUCGACAUCACCGUGCAAGAGGACAGAUCCCAGCACGAGGGCGAGUACAAGCUAGUGAUGGAGGCGAAGCAGAUGGAUCCAAAGCCGGUGAUCACCAAGGACAUCCAGGUCUUGCCGCUCCAUGCGCUGGUGCGGUCUGUGCAGGACCUCGAGGUGGAGCUGGCGGCGGCCCAGGCCUUCCACGCCCUGGACACGGAGUUUCGGUCCAUGGGCAUCAAGAACAUUUGCUACAGCAUGAUCACCAGUCCUUGGUUUGGCCGCGUGAUGAACAUCAUCAUCAUCGUCAAUGCUUUGUGCAUGUGCUUUGAUAUCUAUCCUCCGUACGAUGAUACCAUGCUGCUCAUUCUGGACAACAUCAACCUUCUUUGCUCCGUGAUGUUUUUCGCAGAGGUCUGCGUGAAGAUCAUUGGAGUUGGUGUCUCCUUCUUUGAGGACAAUGGCAACAGGUUCGACUUCCUUCUGGUCAUGCUGUCGGUGGUUGAGCUCUUCAUGAGCGGUGGCUCUGCUUUGUCAGCGCUGAGAACGGCGCGACUUCUGAGAAUCUUCAGGAUGAUCCACAUGAGCAUGAACUUGCGAAUUCUGCUGAUGGUCUUCCAAAUGGCAGUCACACCUACGCUGUACUUCUCCAUGAUUGUGAUCUUGUUCCUCUACUGCUCCUGCCUUGCUGGGCUCCAGAUCUUCUACAAGACCGAUGUUGCCAUGAACAGCCCGGGCCUGGGCUUCGACUCGCUGGGCAUUGGCUUCCUGACGUCACUGGCCAUCUUCUCGGGGGACGGGUGGCUGGAUAUCGCCAAGGCCCAGAUCCAGAAGCAGGAGAACUCGCUGUUCGGAUUCGUUUACUUCCUGAUGACCUUCACGCUGGGGAAGGCCGUCCUGAAGAAUUUGCUUUUGGGCAUCAUCGCGGCGGAGUUCCGCAUCGCGAGAGACCGCAUGAAGCAGGACUUCCGCCUACGGAUGGCCAUCGCGAGGGCGAAGCUGGAGAAGUUGCGGCGGGCCGAAGCGGCGGCGGCCCUGCCAGGAGGGUCAAAUGCGGAGGCUGAGGAUGACGCCCCGCCGGUGCCGGAGUCCCCGCGCUGGCCGCAGAACGCCUUCAGCCGAUUGGAGGGCACCAUGGAGAAGACGUGCGCCAGGAACAUGGACGUCAUCAAGAUGAUCCAUGUGAAGGCCCAGGCUGCAAAGCGACUCCAGGAGCUGGGCAAGAUUCAUGCCAUGGGCAAGAGCAAGUACGCUUGGCCGAUGGGCGAGCGGCAUCCUCCAGACCCAGGCAUGUCGGAUGUGGAGGCGAUGUUCCACAGCUCCGUGGAGAUGCAGACGGACGCAGUGCACCGAAGCGCACCACCGGAGGCCUCUCGCCCGGGACUGCGUUUGCGGCGAGAAGUGCGGCACGGCGCAGCGCCCCCGGAGGAGGAGGAAAGAUGUGGCGAAGGCUUCCUGUCUUUGCGCGUGGCGCCCGCUGGCUCCACUUGGCAGUCAUUUGCCGUAGAGGACUGCCCACCGCCCCGAGCUGAGCGACAGCCGCCGCCAGCUCAAGUAGGCCGAUCGGAUCAGCGCUUUGACUGCUUGCCGGUCUGGCGCGCGGCUCCGAGCGCGGCCAGAGAGGCGCGCCUGAGCUUUCGGGAGCAGUACCGGGCCGCGAGAGCUGCAGGCAGACUGGAGGCUGAGGCAAGCACGGACACGGAGGCGUGCAGGAGGAGGCUUCCACUGUUCUCCCUAGAUGGACAACACCAAAUGGCGCCGCCGGAAAAGAAGGAGGUCAGAGUGGAGGAGGAGCCGCAGAUCAUUGGGGAGCAGGUGCCGCUGUCUGCGCUGGAGGACUUGCCCAGAGAGGCUGAAGAAAAAGAGGAGAGCGUGGAGCUCGAGAAAGCGAGGUUUCCUGCACCUCCUGAGAAGAAGUCCGUGAGAGAACUUCUGCGGGCAUGCGCUGUCAGCAUCAUGAAGUCACCUGGCUUCGAGCCGGUGGUGCUCUUUGUCAUCAUCAUCUCCUCCAUCUCGCUGUCUUUCGAGAGCCCCUUUUCGGAUCCGGAGUCGGAGGUGUCCUACCUUCAGAUGGUCAUCGACAGGUUCUCCAUCUUCGUGGUCCUCUCGGAGAUGACGAUCCGCAUGACCGUCAUGGGCCUCUGGAAGAAGCCCAGCGAGUGCGCGCCAGGGGAAUUGCCCGGCUACUUUCGAGUUCCGUGGCACGUCUUGGAUUUCGUCAUUUGCAUGGGCGGCUUGACCUAUCUCCUUGCAGAAUUCUUUACCAGCAACCUGCAAGAUCUCAAGACGGUUCGUGUCUUGAAGAUGGUGAGCAUGCUUCGGCCCCUGCGGCUGAUCGGCAAGACCAGCUCCGUUCGACUCAUCAUUGAGGCGCUUCUGGCGGCCAUUCCCACGCUCAUCAACAUGACCAUGGUGAGCGCGCUCUUCUUCUUGGGCUUUGCGCUUCUUUUCGUGGGCUUCUUCAAAGGCGCCCUCUACCGCUGCACGUUGGACCCGAUAGGAAACACCAUGCUGGACAUUGUGACCCGCAAGGAUUGCUCGAGAGCAGGCGGCGAGUGGAUCAACAGCCAGUCCCACUUCGACCGAGUCACCGACUCUUUGGUCACUUUGAUGCACAUCGGCUCGGGGGAGGGUUGGAUUGACGUGACCCUCAACAUCAUCAGCUCGCAAGGCAUCGACCUCCAGCCGCGCCCCAAGAGCCACGUGGAGCACGCCAUUCCUGUGGUGAUCUUCAUGGCCUUGACCAACUUCUUUCUGCUGAACCUGCUCACGGGGAUUCUCGUGGACUCGUAUACCAGCACAAAGGCGGACUUCAAGGGCCAAAGUGCAGACACCUCAGAGGAGAGGCUCAUCAAGAAGCUGCAGCGCGAGGUUCUCCUGAACCCAGAGUUUCUGAUCCCGCCGCGGCGCAUCGGUGUUAAAGGCAAAUGUUUCUCAGCGACGCGGCAGCGCUUGAAGUACAUCAUCGAGCACCGAGUAUCGCGGAGCUUCAUCUUCGUGGGCAUCCUGAGCAAUGCCAUCGUGCUGGCCAUCUCUCCGGUGUUGAACCCGGAGCUGGUGGAUUUUCGGAGGACCCUGAGCGGCUUGCUGCUUGGACUCUUCACCAUCGAGCUUGGGAUCAAGAUCUUCGUGUACAGCACCGAUUUCUUCAAGGACAAGUGGCACGCCUACGACAGCUUCGCCAUCACCGGGUCGCUGAUCGGCGUCCUCGUCAAUGCCUUUGUGGCGGAGAAGGGGGUGAUGACGCAGAUCCUUGGCGGCUUCCAAAUCCUGCGGAUCCUCAUGCUGGUGCGCUAUGCAUGGUUCAUGGACAGCAUCACGAGCACCGUCUGGGUGGCAUUGCCCGGGCUAUUCCAAGUCUGCGCGCUGCUAACGCUCCUGAUGUUCAUGUAUGCAUGUUUGGGUGUGGGGCUCUUCGGAACCAUCCAGAGUGCGGAGGCGGCUAGUGCAGAGAACGGCUACCCGGAAGUUGAUACGAAUUUCUACAGCUUCGGCAAUGCCUUUCUUCUGCUCCUGCGCUGUGCCACUGGGGAGAGAUGGCACGAGAUCAUGUAUGACAUUGCGGAAGACAAGCCCGGUUGCACGAGCAAUCCCCAGAGCUAUGAGGAGUUGGUGCGGGAUGGUCCGCGUGGCUGUGGAAGUUGGCUCUCGUUUCCGUACUUCAUCAGCUACAUUGCCAUCAUCCUUUUCAACAUGAUGAACCUCAUUGUCGCGGUCGUGCUCGACGCGUAUGGUCAAGUCCAUGAGCUGAUCGAGCUUGAGGACUUCAUGGUGUGCAUGACGGCGCUGCGGGAGACCUGGGUGGAGGUGGAUCGGAACUUCUUGGGCUACGUGCACAUCUCCGACCUGGAGAACAUGCUGCUUGGAAUCCCGCAGCCUGUGGGCUUCUCUGGCAUGAAGAGGAAGAGCAUCCUGCGGCAAGUCAUGAACCUGCAAGUGCACGAGGGGAGUACCCUUGCCUACAGAGAUGUGGUCAAGCUGAUUGCGCAGCGGUCGGUGGCCUUUCUGAGCCUCAUGGACACCUCCCAUCCCUCAGAGGUGCCGCUGGACAAGGAUGCACUCCACACCUGGAAUAUGGCCUUCCCGGAGCUGCCUGCAGAGCCGCCGCCGGACGCCAUCUUGAUCGCCCACAUUGUGAUCGCAAGGAGAACGGCCAUCUACAUCCGCAAGAAGCGAUGGGAGUGGAAGCAACGGAGCCUCCACGGGCAGGGCGCCCUGCGCAGCUUGCGCAAAGCUGCGGCCAGCAACACCCAAGGCCUCCCGGCGCGGCCGGCGCGGCGGCGGCAAGCCUCGCCCAGCGGGUCCCCGCGCGGGUCGAACUCCCCGCGCAGCGCGUCCCCCCGGUCGAACUCCCCGCGCAGCGGGUCCCCUCGCAGCGCGGCCUCGGAAGGCAAGCCGGAGGAGUGGGAGGAGGGGCUGUAUAGCGUGGAGGUUGACAUCGACACAUCCCUACCGGGGUUGUGGGACCAGUCCUUGAACUCCGGGCCGCCCACCUCGAUCUUCGUCAGCCAACUUGCGCCAGAGGAGACCACCCUGGCCCAGCGGAACCUGAGGCUGCCGCAGCUGUCCCCGCUGCCUUGGCCUCCGCGAGAGCUGCAGAGGUUCCAACCGGAGGAGCAGGUCACCAUCUCGAAUGAGGAGAGCUCCAUGUGGGCCAAAGUGGCUGGCCUGGCCCAGCACACCUCUGAGACGAAGUCCGGAUGGAGGAGCUGAGGCACACGCACUGACAAACAGUCCGCGCACCACGAGUCGACUCGUCUCACAGACGCUCCAAACGUCUCACCCCCGAUAACGUUUGGCCCUGCCACGGCAGUGCCGCAUCGGCCAAAGUGCCGCCGAUCUGUUGGCGAAGCCAACUGCGCAAACGAAGUGUAGCCCAUGGGCUCACUGAAUUCGGUGGCGGUGUGCCGCAAAGGUCAUGAUAAAAACAUCCACUUGCA